GUUUUUGUACAUAACAACUUACAGUUUCAAGGUAAAUACCUUGAGCAUAAAAGUAUAUAAUAUGAAGCGCAAUUGAUGUUUUCACUAUGCAUUUAGGCCAGAUCUCUACCUGUUUCGAUUCCAUAAUCAACAACUGAUAUUGCGACGAAAAAUACCAUCAUGACGUCGAAAGCUGCCCCAUUACAAACGAAGGCUACUCCUACAACGACUAUCCCUAUGCCGACAAAGACAAACAUCACGCCGGGAACAACUAAUAACUUGCCGACAAAAACUGCCAUUAUCCCGGAGAAAACUACCCCCUUGCCAACGAAAACUACCAUUACGCCGGAGAAAACUAUUCCUAAUCCGAUGAAAGCGCCCAUUACGCCAGAGAAAACAACCACUAUUCCGACGAAAGCGACCAUUACACCGGAGAAAACUAUCAUUACACAGGAGAAACCUAUCCCUAUUCAGACAAAAGCUAUAAUUACGCCGGAGAAAACUACAACUUUUCCGACAAAAAAUACAAUUACGCCGGAGAAAACUACCCCUAUGCCGACGAAAACUACCAUUAGUAUAACGCCGGAGAAAACUACACCUUUACAGACAAAACCUACUCCAGUGGUGACUGGAAUUGAGUUCUUGAAAGAAAAGUGGAAUAUCUGGUAUCGCACUCUUGAUGUGAAUCAUGACGGAGUUAUCACACGUGCUGACGUUGAUUACACACUCAAGAAAUUCCCUCUUGUAGAAGGCAUAAGCAAAUCUAAGGGAAAGUUGGAAUGCGCUAAAAUAGAAGCAUGGUGGGAGAAAUAUAUCCUUAAAGGGAAUAAUAAAAUUACCAAGGUUGACCUCUUAAAAGAUUUAGAGAAAGGGUAUACCGAAAACAAGAAAAACUUUAUCGCAAAAAUGAAAGCCUUGUGUGAAGACAUUAUUUGCAUUCUGGAUACAGACAAGACUAAAAUGAUUUCACUGGAUAACUACGUCAAGGCAUAUAAGGUAUAUGGUCAUGACAACGAGGCUCUCAUUAGGAAGGCAUUCGGACUUUACAAACCAAGCCAUGGUAUGGUUCCGAUACAGGAACACAUUGAAGACUGGCUUCUAUUCCUCACCAAUGAUGAUCCAUCGAAGAAAGAUGUUGUAUAUGAAACAUACAAGGCUGGGUUGGUAUAAACAAUUGCACAGUAUUGGAUGCAGUGUAUGGAUACUAAUUGAUAGUCUAAUGAGUCUUUGUUGUCAAAAUUGAUUAUGCUUAACUUUAAACGUAACUAAUAAAUCAUUUGUAGUCACAAA